AUGUCAACCCGUCCGAAUCUGGUCCGCGUUCUUCUUCUCACCCUGUUCCUCAUCGCCAUCCCCAUCAUAGCUUCCUCAGGCGAUCGUAAUCCGACUUUCCAACAUUGUCUCAAAGGCUGUCAAUUGACAUACUGCGAACCUCAUCAACCUCCCCUACCGAGCUACCUGAGGGCAUUCGGUUGGACAUGCAAAGAAAAUUGCGCGUAUGAGUGCGGUCACACGUUUACGGACAAUAUCAGACCGGGAAGUAAAUCUCAUCAAUUCUAUGGUAAAUGGGCUUUCUACCGACUUGGACCCUUCCAAGAACCCUUCUCGAUCUUGAUGUCUCUUGGGAACCUGUGCGUCAAUCUGAAAGGUCUCGAACAACUUCGUCGAAGGGUGAGAAAGGAGAAUGGGAUGAGGAACUGGUUGAGUGCGUUGGGUUGGAUCCAGGUCAAUACUUGGAUAUGGAGUACAGUUUUUCAUGCUAGAGAUACACCAACGACCGAACGAUUGGAUUACUUUUCAGCAACUUUAACAAUCUCCUUCACGCUUCUCUAUUCAAUCGUCCGGGUAUUCCACUUACGUACACCUUUAUCAACUUCCCGUUACCUCUUUCCCAUCUCAGCCAUCAUCGGAUUCAUCGUUUUGGGUCAUUUCACUUACCUCCUCUCAUUUCCCUUCGGUUCAUUCCCAUAUGGAUAUCAUACGAAAUUCAAUCUCGUCUUGGCUACGAUUCAUAACGUGUUGUGGAUAAGUUGGAGUUUAUCUUUCAAAUAUCCUUAUCCUAAAAUGACCUUUUUAGGUACGACCUAUACGUUUCCAAAACCUUAUCCACCUCAUGAUCCUCUUACGCAAAAUCCCAAACCUAAAGAAGCUCAGACCCCCUUUAUUCUAGUGAUCUUAACCACUUUAGCAAUGACAUUUGAAUUAUUGGAUUUCUCACCUGUGUUUAGGAUAAUCGACGCUCAUUCGUUAUGGCACGCUAGUACCAUACCGCUUACCAUUGCCUGGUGGCAUUUCAUGGUGGAAGAUACGAUAGAACUGGAAGGUACCCUCUUAUCACAACGCCCACAACAGAUUGGUAAUAACGAGAAAGGAGAACAAGGUGGUGAUGAGUUGGAAGUACCGAGAACUCCAAAUUUCAUACAAAUCGCUUCGACGCCCAAGUUUCAAAGGAUUCCAAGUCCAGGAAAGAGUCCAAAGGUAGAUAAACCGGAAUGA